AGCUGAAAGGCAAUUUUGUUUUCAGUAUUUUUUUUGUUUAAAUAAAUUAGUUUAAAAUGAUUUGUAUAAAAUGCAGAAAAACUCCUUAAAGGAAAGUUCAAUAUUACCUCCAAAUGUUCGCGGAAAAUCAAGAGGUUUUAUAGAAAUUGAAAUUCUAAAUAUAAGGUGGAAAACCAAAUUUAUAGCAAAACGAUUUGAAAACUAUGAUAUUGUUGCCAAAAUUUUUUGGUGGGGGCAAGACAAAUUAUCUGCAAGGAAUUUAAAUCUCAAGUCUAAAGUAAUUCAAUAUACAAUUCUUACGAAUUGUAAAUUAUUUUACAAUUAUUUAAUUAACUGCGAACCAGUUACAAUAAUAUUAUAUACACGAACAAGUAAUUAUCAAAUAGGAGUCGUUAAAGCUAAAGUACCUACAAAAAUUACUAAAAGUUGUAAAACCUUUUUGUUAAACGAAAUUUUGGCUUGCACAGAGACACAAAAGUACAUUAUUCAAAGUGAAAAAGGAGUAGAAUUAGGUGAAAUUUUCUUAAAAUUUACAAUUAUGUUUCAUGAUCCAAUUAGUGUAAGGGAAAGCGCUUUUGAUACUACGUUUUUAAAAGCGGAAAAAUCAAAACUGGACAAGGAAGUUGAGUUAAUAUGCAGUUCAAGAUGUUAUAAAGACACUAAAGGCAAGAGAAAUUUAAACAAAGUGGAUGAAAUACAUAGUUCUAGAAUAGUGAACUAUUUAUCAGGCAGAAGAAUGAGUAAAAAAGAAGAGGAACAAGCCUUGAAAGAAAUUCAAAGAACCUCACCAUUAAAUGAAAAAUUUUUAGAAAAUUUAUGCAUAAAUAUACCCAAAUCACCACAAAAUCGAAAAGUCUCAACCCCAUAUGAUGAGGAUGUAGCUUUUUGUCACAAUACACAGCCUUUUCGUGAUAAAUUUGACUCUUUAUAUUUGAAUGUGAAGUAUAUUAAACUUUUGCCUCCUGGGGUUCGAGAAGUUUAUGUUAAAUCUCUUGUUAAAACUACUUUCACAAUAGAAUGUAAAAUUUCUCCCAACCUUUUGGACACGGACCUUAAAAGGAGACUAAAUUAUGACGUUAUGAGAUUUUACUCUAAUACGUUUGACGAUAAGGAACAGAGAAUUGAUUUUAAUAAAGAAGCAGUAAGACCUAUUAAAUUAGCAUGUGAAGAAAUAAAUGAAUUUUUGGUUGACCAUUCAGAAAUUUUAUUUACCGUUUGGUGGAGGGAAUACGGUUCGAGAUAUUCUCGUUGCUUAGGUACAACGAAAUUUCGUUUUACUAACUUGCUGUCAAGAUCUCAUCGAGAAGAAGAUGCGACUUUAAAAGUUAAGUCUUGCACAGCUGGUGUUCAUGUGGCUGAUUUACACUGUAGACUUGUGCUGAGAUCGAAAAGCAAUUGCUUUUGCAGUGAGUCUAAUGGAAUUAAUGACCAAUUUAAACGUUGCCGGUAUAGUAUGGCAUCCCAGGAAAAUCGUUGCCCCACUUGCAUAUUUCCAGAUGUAAGAGAUUACAAAGUCACCAAAACUCCGAACAAUGAGAAUCACAGUGCAAAUAGCUUAAAACAAAAUAAUAGUUUAGAUAGAGCAAAACAAACCGCAAGUGCAACCUAUCAAACCUCCGUAAAUUUAUCAACUAUAAAUCGACCGCAGUUUGAUGACGAAAACCAAGACCGUUCCAGUGUUCAAACAAGUGAAAAACAUCAAUUGGAAAAAUAUAUUUUUUUGAAAGGCCUGUUGUAUGUUGGAAGAAUGACAUGUGUGAAUAAUAUAGAAGAUGCUGAUUAUUUUUGUGUCGCUCGAGCUUUUUGGAAAGAUGACCCAAGUUCUAGUGGCUUCUCUCACGACAACAACUUUAACUUUCUAGAAGUAUUUUCCAUAAUUAAUGACACCAAAUUUCUAGAAAGAGUUCGAAAUAAUGUCCUUGUUGUAGAAUUAUGGCAAAAAUCUAAAGAAAGUCAUGAAAAAUUAUUUGGCAUUAUACGACUUCCACUCCACCAGUUUUAUAUUGCCUUCCGCGAUCCUUUACUUGCGGAUCAUUUGUGUAAAGCAAAGCUUCCUGUUAUUUCUAUCGAUGGCUUAACGCCCAUUUUUAGUCCCUUAAGUGGAAUUAUAUGUGGUCAUAUACAAUGUCUACUGUGUGUUGGGACGGAAGAACAAUUAAAUAAUUUAAAACAAUCGAGGGGCUUUAAUUUAAAUCCAGUGUAUGAAAGCAGUAUGCUUUCAACUUGCAUUUCAGCCAUCGCUGUACCAAACUCGGGAAAUAUUCAAGAACAAAAAUUGAAACAAUCUUCAAAACAUGCAUUUAAUGAUGUUGCGAUUCAAACGAAUGGUGUUAACGAUAUAAAGGAAAAUUAUGCCAAUUGCUCUUCUACAGUUGAUAAUAAAAAUAAUAAGGAGAAACUUUCAAAUAUUUUGGGCAAUUUCUUAGAUAAUUUAUCACAAAAAUUACCUCCACCUUCGUCCCCAAACGUUUCGUCAUGCAUUACCUCCUCAACUAUACAACAGCAACCAGUUGAUAAUCAAAGCUCAUUGAGAAGAACUUCCGAUUUGCUUGACAUGUUACAAAAAGCUUUAAUACAACCUCAAAAUGGCACUAGUUCUCAGAAAGGUGAUGCUUUAGAGACAAUAGCUGCAUCUACGACGAUUCCUAACACUUUUAAAAUACUAUUGGAAAUUGAAUGCGCUUUACACCUACCAAGAAAUCCUAUCAAAAUGAUGAGUAAAAAGAGUAACAAGCGAUGUAAGGGAAAGCAAAGCCGAUUUCCUCCUAAUGAAGAACCUAGCGCAUAUGUAACUUUUCAAGCUGAAGAAGGAUACGGUCAAAUGUUUAAAUCUCAUGAAGGUUUAGUUUACGCCACAAAUGUAAUUGAAAAAUGUUCAAAUCCAUCUUGGGGAAAACGUUUCGAAAUUUGUUUAUCAACAGAAUAUUUAAGAAAAGACAAUAAACCUUUCAUGAUAAGAGUAUGGAAAAAGGCUGCGACAGACUUAGCACAUUGUCGGCUCUUACCAACUCCAAUGGAAGAUUCUAUUAUUGGUGUUUCUUCAAUAGAUUUGACUGUAUUAAUGGCUAGGAUGCCUUUAAUAUCAGGAUGGUAUAACAUUAUAGACUUCAGUGGAAAGGUCAAUGGUCAAAUAAAAUUAACCAUCAAACCUUUGGAAGAUGUUCUUAAAUUUAAAAAUUUUCCUACCGAGAAGAAAGUAAACACGCAAUCUACCGGCAGCAUAUCUCUUUUGAAUACUAAAAAUUCAAUAAAUAACAUCAAUUUUGACUGUGCUGAUUUAGACUUGGGUUUGGCAAUGGAUAUGACUUUAAGUAGAGCAUUUAAAAGAAAAUUAGUAGAAUUAGAAGAAAUUAAUCAAAGAUUGCGUGCCCGUCUUUUAGAUGUCACUGGCGAAGCUGAUCCAGAUAUUGAUUUAUCUGAAAUUGAUGAUGAACAAAUGGACGAAUUUGAGCGCGAUUUAAAUACAGAGUGUAAAGAGGAUGAAGAAGAGAACAAACUUCCUACAAAGCAAAAUGAUAAUUUUGCAUGGCUCCAAGAUAACAAUAUUUAUAAUGAUGACAACAAUAUUGAAUCACAUAAUAUUGAACUUACAAAAAACUUAAACAGAAUUGAUAACAGCGAUGAUAGUAAUUGUUCGAAUCAAGAGAAAAUAAAAAUAAUAUCCGAUUUUCUUGAAAAGACCGAGAUCAGUAACAAGAAUGAAGAUAGCAGUGACAAAUAAUUUUAAAUAACAUUCAUUGAAAUUUUUUACUGAUUGAAGAAAAAACAAUACAAGUAGUUUUAAAUGAUAUACAGCAAUAAUUUUAUACUAGUUUUAUGAGUAAAUUUUAAUAAUUUUUAAUUUUUUAUUAUUUAAUUAAAGAAAACGUAUUUUAAGUGCAUCAAAAUAUAAUUUUAAAACAUGUAUUAUUUUAGAUAUGUAUCUAUAUGUUAAAAUAUUAUUAUGCAGU